GAGGUACCUGGCUGCACAAAGUUGGCACUAGAGGGAGCCCACUGAACAUAAAUGGCACGGCGACAGUUACUACUACACCAAAGACAAGGACGAGUGACACCAUUGUGCCUCUUAACUCAAUGCAGAGCAGAGUCUCACACACAGCACAAAGAGCCAGCAUGUGUACUGUUCUCAUCAUAGUUUCUGCCACACUAUUAUGUCUUGCAGGCUCUGCUGUUUUUACUGUAGACCAGAAUCCUCCUGAUCUCAUAAAAUAUCAAAAUGAGACUGUUGAGAUGAAAUGUGAGCACAGUGUAAAUACCUAUGACCGCAUGCUGUGGUACAAACACAGCCAGGACACAGGAUUUAAAUACAUGGGGUAUCUGAACACUAUUUUUCCAAAAGAAGAGGCGGAAUUUGGAACGAAGAUCAAGUUGAGUGGUGAUGGGAGAAAGAGCGGCUCUAUGACCAUAAACAGUCUUUCCGUGAACGACAGUGCUGUAUAUUUCUGUGUAGCUUAUCACACAGUGCUGUAGAUCAGCUCACAUCACUACAAAAACUUUACCCUGAAACCAGAACAACUGCAGCUGUGGACUGGAUUUGAGUUAGUGUCAGUAAACCACACAAAGACACACAGCAUUUAAAAAUGUGAAGAUGUGUUUAUACAGUACUGUAUGUACACAGUGAUCACACU